AUGUCCGUCGCCACGACAGGCACCAUUCCCAUGCCUCAGAUCAUGAAGGCCGAGGAGUACUGGAAUCCCGGACAGAGGGAGGCCUUCCUCGCCUUCGCUGACGCCAUCGUUCCCGAGCUCGAUGGAGUCGAGGCCGCAGACGUCCUCUCCCACCUCCCCAUCGAGGCCUCGGACCGCCAGCGCGAACUCGCGCCACGCUUCGCAAGGGAAGGCUUCAAGUCGACCCCACGCCUGCUCGACUGCGCAGCCCAGCAGGUCAAGGCUUCGCUCUCCCCCAAGGUCGCCGGCGACAUCAACCUCUUCCUCACUCUCCUCUCCACCCGCCCUGGCUGCCUCGCCCUCACGGGCUACAUCGGCCCUUUCGCGCAGCUCGACCGCGACACGCGCGAAAAGAUCAUCUUAGGCUGGUUCACCUCUCGCCUCACCUUGCUGCGAAAGGCCUCCGCAGGUCUCAAGGGAAUCACCCUCCUCGUCUACUACCGCAACCAUCAGCCCGCUUGGGAGGCCAUCGGCUACCCGGAUGGCCGACCCGACGACUGGACCCGUCCUUCCCAGGGCGGCGAGGCUUCGCCUGCCGUCCCCGUGUACGACUACAAGUUUGAAAACGAAAAGAUCGCCGCACAGCCCUCGGGCUCCGAGAUCAUCGUCGACACCGAGGUGCUCGUCAUCGGCUCCGGUUCCGGGGGCGGAGUUGCUGGCAGCUAUCUAGCCCAGCGCGGCGUCCGCACUUUGAUCGUCGACAAGGGCAUCUACCUCCACCCGGACAAGGUCGUCGGCAGGGAGGACCAGGGAUACGGCCUCCUCUACGAAGGCGAGGGCAUCAUGCCCUCCGAAGACGGCUCCAUCAACAUCCUCGCCGGCUCCACCUUUGGCGGCGGCUCUUCCAUCAACUGGUCCGCCUCGCUCAAGCCUCGUCACUUUGUUCGCAAGGCUUGGUCCGACAAGUACGGCGUCCCUUACUACAACAGCCCCUACUUUACCUCGGAUCUCAACGCCGUCUGCACCCGCAUGGGUGUCGCCGUUGCACCCAUCCGUCACAACGUCGGCAACUCGCUCCUUGCCCUCGGCGCUCAACGCGCCGGUCACCCCGUCGAGCCCGUCCCCCAGAACAGCGGCGGACACACCCACUACUGCGGAAAGUGUCAGCUCGGAUGCAUCUCGGGUCACAAGCAGGGCGGCGUUGUCUCUUGGCUCCGCGAUGCCGCCGAGGCCGGCGCCGCCUUCAUGACCAACUGCUACGUCGAGAGGAUCCUUUUCGAUAAGAACAAGCGCGCCGUUGGUGCGCUCGCCACCGUCGACGGACGCAAGGUCAAGAUCCUGGCCGCCAAGGGCGUCGUCGUCUCGUCCGGCUCGCUGCAGACGCCCGCGCUCCUCCUCCGAUCGCCCGAGCUCAAGAGCAACAAGAUGAUCGGCCAGACCCUCCGUCUGCACCCAGCGACCGUUGUGACCGGCUACUACAACUUCCCCAUCAAGCCUUGGGAGGGUGGACUGCUCACCAUGGUGGACAACUCCGCCGAGAUGGUCGACAAGGACGGCUGGGGUUGCAAGAUCGAGGUCAUCGCUUCGUCCCCCUCGAUUCACGCGGCUUUCAGCAACUUUUCAAGCGCCAAGGACCACAAGUCUCGCAUGCUCCGAUACAGCCAUAGCUACACCAUGGUCAUCAUCUGCCGUGACCGUGACAGCGGCCGCAUCGUCCUCGACGACCAAGGCAAGGCGCGAGUCGAAUACACCAUCUCGCCCUUCGACCAGCGCUCGCUCAUCCAAGGCAUCCUCCGCGGUGCCGACGCGCAUCUCAUGGCUGGUGCCGAGGCCAUCUCGACCGUGCAGACCGGCGUGCCUGCCUUUGAAGCCGCCUCCCUCGGCUCGGUCCAGCCUCCGUCGUCCGGUGCUCCCGCUCCUGCCCCUCCCAGCAGUGACAGCAUCUACACCGAGACCACCCAGGUGCCCGCCACCUGGACGCCCGUCCAGACGGUGCCUCGCGACCUCAACAACCCUGCCUACAAGGCAUGGCAGCAGAAGAUCGUCUCGACUGGAGCCAAGCCGUACAUCUGCUCGAUCGGCUCGGCGCAUCAGAUGGCGUCUUGCCGCAUGGGCGGCAACCCCAAGAUCUCGGCUCUCGACCCCGAGGGCCGCGUCUGGGGCGCCAAGAAUCUCUGGGUCGCCGAUGCUUCCGCCAUGCCCGAGUCCAGUGGUGUGAACCCCAUGAUCACCACCAUGGCCACCGCCCGCGGCGUCGCCCGCAACGUCGCCCGCGACAUUGGCGCCGUCGAGCCUCUCCAGCUUCGUUCGGAGGGUGGAGAGAGCCAAGCCCGUCUGUAG